UCCUCAUCUAGUGAUUAGUAGCCCUCUUCUUACCGUGCAAGCGCUGCGCAACAUGAGCUCGCCCGCGUCCAAGCGCAUGCGCUUGUCGACCUCAAGAACCUCUCUCUCUGGUCGCAAAAGCAUCUCGGGCGGGCAAUCAGCGCUGCCUCGACCAACCUCCGCAGCCGGGCAAAAUCGACUCACAAGCACCCAACCAUCAUACGACUUCAUCGCUGGAGGCGCAGUCGACAAUCCUCCGCAGCCCUUCAGACAGUCCAGACUCCGCCAGCCCUCUGUUUCUCGAGCCGAUCCGACCCAAGAUGAAAAUCUCCGUGCGAAGAUUAACGCCCUAGAGUACGAGCUCAAAAAUUUGCAACAAGAGCGAGGUCUUCUGGCGCUGCAGCAUGAAAAAGAGCUGCGUGAACAACAGCUCAGAGCAGAUGCCGACUUCAAAAGGUACCAAACUGCCGAAGGCGCCGCUCAAAAGGCGACGCAGAGACAAGAGGCCCUGGUGAAGGAAUUGCGCGAACUGCAGGACCAAAAAAUCAAUGAGAAAGCCGCGCUUGAACGACAACUGCGGGAUUUACAAGACCAAACUGCUUCUCUAAAGGAAGAUGCUACAGACGCGCAGGCGCGUCUCGCUGAUCAAGAGAGGCAAUACAAGUACCAACUCAAUGACGUUGAGGCAAAACGUGCUGCCCUCCAAGAGACCGUGGAUGGUGUCAGACAACAGUUGGAAGAACUGGGCCAGCAGUUCGAGUCAUCGCAGGCGCGCCUGUCCGAACGAGAUGCGAAAAUCGAGGGCCUUGAAACCGAAGUGGCCACAUUAAAGUCGCAUUCUGGGGACAGCGAAGCGAUCCAGGUCCUGCAGAACCAGCUCUCUGAACAAUUGACUCACAUUCGAAAACUCGAGGCAACCAAUAGAGAACAACUGGCUGAGCUACGGCGACUGCGCGAUGCUCACCGCAGUGUCGAAGUCGUCGAAGAACAGAAACACGGUCUAGAAAUCGAGCUUCAAGUGCUCAAGGACGUGCAGAGACAAUUAGGAGAGGCUCAGAUACAAAGAGAGAUACUCGAGGAUGAAAAGAGAACAUGGACGAGCCUUCUGCAGCGCGAUGGGCAAGAGAGCGAAUUCGACUCUCCCGAGGCCGUUGUGAAAGCUCUUAUCCAGCAAAGAAUCGAGUAUGCUUCGAUGGUAGACAGGCUGGGCACAGUCGAAAGCGACCUCUCAGAAAAGGACGAGAUCAUCAGAGCGCUGGAAAGAGACAAGGCAGCCUUGAGCAGCGAGGUCGAGAAUUUGAAAUCUACAAAGACUGCGCCGGCGGACGCGGGCCAGGACAAUAAAGCUUACAAGAGACUAGAGCGACAACGGGUCCUCGCCGUCAAAGAGGUCGAAUAUCUUCGAGCUCAAUUGAAGACUUUCGACACCGAGGAGACUGUCUUGAUGGACAACCAGAACUUCGAUGCACAACGGUCUGAACAGAUUAAGAACUUGGAAAACCUGGUCGAUCAAUACAAGGCUGAAGUGCACACACUCCACUCCGAUCUAUCAAAACUUGAAGUGGUGCCUGCAGCCACCGCCCCUGUUCUGGACGAGCCUCGGGGAACAAAGCGACCUGCAGAUUCACAGGAGGCGGACGGGGAAGGAGGUAACUCACAGCUAGGUGCAUUAUUGAGAAAGAACAAGAACCUCCAAAUUGCGUUGCAGAAGACCGCUCAACAGUCCCAAAUGCUGGCCACGGAUCUUCAAGCGACAAAAGCACAACUCAAAGCCUUACGGGAGAGCUCUAAAACACGAGUCCUAGAGCUCCGAGACAAUCCUACUGCUAAAGCCGAGGCGAUAAAGUUGUCGACGUUACGAACGCUCAAGGAAGAAAACAAGGCGCUUCUCGCACAGCUGAGGGGUGGCGAUCUUGAAGGCGUGAAAAUGGUCCCUGUCAGCUCGGUUGAUGCGCUCAAAUUGGAUCUCAAAGAUAUGGAAAUGGUUGUGGCCGAGAAGGAAAAGCGGAUGAGGCGACAGCGAGAGAUCUGGACGCAAAAGGCCGCGGAAUUCCGGGAUGUUAUUGCGAGCGUCCUGGGAUACAAAGUCAACUUUCUUCCCAACGGAAAGGCCAAAGUUUCGAGCAUGUAUUAUGGACGGCCUCAUGAUCUGGGAGACGAGAGCGAGGACGAGGAUGACGACCACUAUAUCAUUUUCGACGGAGACAACGGUACCAUGAAGAUAAGCGGCGGGCCCGACAGUCCCUUUGCUGCGGAGAUCAGAGAUCUGAUCAAUUUCUGGGUGAAGGAGAAGAAGCAGAUCCCGUGCUUCCUUGCGGCGAUGACCCUGGAGUUCUAUGAGAAAGUCACCAACAGGGAAACCGAGGCUUGAUGCAGACGACUUGGGUCUUUUUCCAACGGGGGUUCGAGGAUUUGAUUUGCCUAAUGAUGUUGUUUACGUGGUGGAGGCUUUGUUGCUGAAUGUAUUCUUCUAGCGAAUGAGAAAAUGAGCGGGAUCGAAGGCAAGAUACUGAGAAUAUCUCUUCCUACUCGGCCUGGUCUCGUAAGAUAGUGCCAGAAACCACAUGGAAAGCUUUGGUGGCACGGAGAUAACGCAAUCACGUUUGGAA